UUAUAACGCAUGAAAUGUUGCGCAAGAGGAAGGAACAUUUUGGCAAUCUCGGCCGUACGACGAGACUCGGAUGUAAAAGUAGUUCUUAGUGAAGUUUACUAUGGCAUAAAUCAAUAAGAUUCCUAAGAUAAAAGUCUCUAGGCUUCAUCGCUAAAUUGAAAUUACUCCGCGAUCUACUUACAGCGUAGAUAAAUGUUAAGAAUGAUAUAUUCAUCCGAGGUUGUUUCGAAGGAAAAUGGCCGAUGAGUUUCGGUUCGGAAACGGAGCUCCUGGAAUAAAAAAGCACUUGUCCGACAUGGUGACCAAUCUCAUAUACGCCCUGGCAAGGAAUCGGAUACAGUACGCAUUGGUGGGAAGUAAGAGCACGGUGUAUUAUUUUUAAUGAGUGUAACUUAACAAAUGAUCAUGACUCAACUGACAAUUGGAUAUUUCAUAAUCGGUUUGUCAAAGUCGCACUGAUUUAAGUUACUUCAAUAUUUGCGUUCAGUAAAUGUGUUCGCGGCGAACGUUUGCUAUUUGGUUCCCGCUUGCAGUGUAUGCGUUGCGAUGCAACGUGGAUACAGUCAGUUUGCUAACGUGAGCGGCUGUUAGCUUAACUGAAAACAGGACUAGCAGAUGUAUUUGUUGCGAAUAUAUUCGCACACUUUCAAAUGCUAAAAAAUCAGUUAUGUUUAUAUUGAUAUUUAGGUAAACAAGUAUUUAGUGGCGGCUUAUUUAAAAACGUGUCGGGAAUGCUGCCUUCCACUUCAAAAGAUAUUGACUCGUACGUAUAAUUAUAUUUGUUUAUUUUUACGUUUAAAAACAUAAAUAAAUGAACAAAAUCAAAGAAAUAUGUUUAAACCUUGUAUGUAGUCAACUUUAAAAAGGGAUUGUUACAAAAGAAAAGUUCCACAAUGACGUUCCAUAAUAACUUCCAUCCAUAUCACCACUCAAAGUUAGCCGCUGUUAUGCGCUGCCUUGUAUGAGGUAGGAUAUACCAUCAUCUGCAAAUGUUCUAGAUUAUUUGAUUGCCAGAUCAGAUAGUUCAAUCAACGGGCCGGUAUUGUCCUUCAGUUUUCACAGACAAGCAAUCGAAACAGUGGACGUCAGAAUAACCUUCCAUGUUUUUUGAUAGAAAGCUAACUGAUCCCUCCUGUUCAUACUGGGAAACAAAUCAAAGCGGGAAAGGCCAUUGGUCCACUGACGGAUGCAUUUUAGAACAAUUUGACGGAGAAAAGGGAACCGUGACCUGCCAUUGUAACCAUCUGACAAACUUUGCUGUUCUCAUGAGCCCCACCAGUAUCACUGAAACGAAAACUGUUCACCAACGCCGCCUUGGAGUUUUGUCAAUCGUGGGAUGCAGUAUAUCUAUAAUUGGCUUGGUUCUUACCAUUACGACCAUCGUGUUCUUCUGGAAGGCUUUACGUUCGAGGAGGUCAAUUUUGCUGCUAAACUUAUGUUCGGUUCUUCUUUUGGCGUAUGUCAUCUUUCUGGCAGGGGUAGAUAAAACUUCACAACACGCCGUGUGCACUUCCAUUGCUGUUCUCCUCCACUACAUAUUUUUGACUGCCUUUUUCUUGAUGCUCUCAGAAGGAUGUAUUAUUGCGCAAGUGGUGCUUAGACCCUUCGACAAAAGGAACUCUUUGCCAGCACUGCUUGGAACUUCCUACGGAAUUCCCUUGGUCGUUGUGUCCAUUUCUGCUGCAGCAUCGAAGCUGAAUGGUUAUGGAAAUGAUAAAUUCUGCUGGCUUAGCGUUGAUUCGGGACUUUUCUGGGCUUUUGCUGGACCGGCGUUGACAGUCAUAUUUGUGAACACAAUCAUCUCGGUCGCUGUCAUCAAAACGAUGUUUGGAACUUCCGCUAUCUCGAAACGAGGAGACGCUGACAAGAUCAAGACUGGGCUAAGGAGCGUGUGUGUCCUGCUGCCAGUGUUUGGAAUCACGUGGCUGUUCGGUGUGUUUGCUGUCAACAGGGAUGCUAUGGUUUUCCAGUACCUCUUUGUCAUCUUCAACAGUCUACAGGGGGUUCUUAUCUUCAUAUUUCAGUGCAUUCUGGAUUGGAAAGUGCAGGAGGCGUUCAAAGCCAGGCGAACCUGGUUGUUUGCAACAGAGGUGUCGUUCAUUGCUACCGAAAUGAAAGCGCGUUUGUAAAUAACAUUGCAUCGACUGAGAUGUCCACCAACUGCAUAUCUGACGAUUGUCCGGACUACAUGUAUAUACCAAUAAUCGAAUACAAAAAGCUUAUAGUAGACAUUCCACUUGUGUGUCCUUCUGAGGUUAGGAACUACACAAUUCCAUGAGCCUCAUAAUAAUUAUCCUUCAAUGGAAACUACAACUUCAUUCCCUGAAACGAUUAAAAUUAAACAAAUAUAAAAAAUUAUAUUUUUUUAAAUUUUAUUUUCGAUACACGUUAAGGAUACAUUCAGUUAAAUGAUACCUUAUUAUGGAGAAAUAUGAAGUCAUAAAUAUAUCUGAGUAAGUUAUCGUGUGUAUAUUUUUAAUUAAUAAGCACUUCAGAAGUUUUGUCAUAACGCAGUUGAUAGUAAUAGAAUCCAACGCCACGUAAUAUAUUCGAAUUAUCAUUAACUCUUUAUCAUUUUGAUAUAAAAAUCGUAUUUAUAUAUGCCUAAGUAUAUUCUAGUAUUUAUUUUAUGUAUAAAGCUUAUCGUACUUGUAGUUUGGAAUCUAGUUGACUACUAAGUAGUGCACAGUUUGUGUCAGAAUAUAUAGUGAAUAUUUGUUGAUUCCAGAAAACGUAUUUUAUUUCCUGAGUCUUCUUAGAAGGAAGUUUAAACUGGCACAGCCACGAGUGAAAAUAUCAUUUUUCAACUAUGAUUAAAAUAAAAUACCAUUUCACACAACGGUGUUUUUUUUAUUCGUAUGUUUGGAUAUUUAUUAGUAAAUUCAUUUUUACUUUGUAACGUACCCGCGUGGAGUCUCCAACGCAUGCCCUUACGCAUAUUAAUAAGCUUAAACUAAAUACAUCUUAGCCAGUUGUUUCAUCGUAUGUCAAUAGGAUGUUUAAAAAAGCUUUUUAACCUCUUUCUUUUAUUUAGUAUGUGUCAUGCAUUUAUUAAAAUAAAAUCUAUUAAUGGGAUUGAGGACGUUUUUACUAUUUAUGUAAUGUCGUAAUGAAAUAAACAAUAAUGUUGAUUGAAAUAAUGUUUUUGUAUGAAAAUGUACAUUCGAAUUUAUGUUAUCAAAAUAUGUUUGAGUUAUUGCUUAUCUCAUAUAUGCAUUAAAAUUAUAUUUUUGUUAAUAUCAUGCAUCCUAAACUAGUAUUUUCUACGACAUAUAGUCUUGCUUAUUUGGUAAUAAAUA